AUGAUGUUCGACAAGGUCUCCUGGCAAGAAAAGGCUCAGAACUUGAGCCAUGCGGAUACCACUGGCCCCCAUGACUUGGCUGGAAAAGCGGCACACGAAGAUGGCAUAGCCAUUGCAGAUACUGAGGCACAACCCACGACGAUGCACACCGAAGCACACAUAGCUCAAGUUCGACAGAGCAGCAGUGCUCAUCGACGAAGCUCGGUAGUAUCUUUCGAGAUGCGACGGCCAUCUAGUGCCCAGGCCAAUACUGCACAGCAUGGAAAUGACAGUAGUCGGACCACAAGGACAUCUACAGGGCAGGUCACCGUGGACCAUCGCCAACGUUCGAUCUAUUCCAUCAAGGCUGCGCAACACAGCAACGACACAGACAUAACAGAGGUCAAUGAAGAGAAUCUGCCCACUCCUGCCCAGGACCUACUGCAAGAGCAAACUCCAGGACAAUACACGUUCACUGUGACGGAACAGGUUGAACACGGUCCGAGGGAGGAGAAGGCUGUCGUCAAUGUCCAAGUGUCGCCUUUACAGUACACCAGUCUCGUCGCAACGAAAGAAUCACUCACUGCCUACAUGGCGCGGCAUCCUUGUCCAGAGAUCCAAGGCUCAUUACGGGUUGCCGAAGUCCGCUAUGGAUGGCUCACUGUCUAUCGACGCUUGUUCGGGAUUGUCUUCGGAGCCAACAUCAUCGCCAUUAUCAUUCUGGCCAGCCGGAGUCCACGCACGACGUAUGGGCAAGCUGCGAUUGGUGUCGGAAGUAACAUCUUUGCUUCAGUGCUUGCCCGUCACGACAACUUGAUCAAUGCAGUGAUAAGUAUCAUCCAUUUCGUACCCCUGAGCUGGCCUCUCGCGAUCCGGAAACGCCUUGGCAAGAUCUACUGUCAUGCUGGCAUUCACUCUGCCUGUGGUACCAGCGCCGCUGUGUGGUACCUGUACUUCAUUGUGCUGAUUGCACUGCAGCCCGUCACUGAAAGAGACAACAUACGCGCUGGUAUCUUCGUGACGGCCGCAGCAAUCUUCAUCUGCUUACUGGUCCUGAUCGCAAUGUCGCAUCCCACGCUACGCGGUCGCUAUCAUGACCACUGGGAAAACACUCACCGUUACAUCGGCUGGCUCCUCACUGCAAUCAUUUGGGCACAAGUCUUACUCCUCUGCUCGGCCUCACCGCACUCCUUCGGCUCGGCAGUAGUACGGUCCCCACUCUUCAGGCUUGUCCUAGGUGUCACAGUGCUUCUAAUCUACCCAUGGGCCAUGAUGCGAAAGCGAACAUACAUCGCAAAUCAGCUCUCGUCACACGCUUUGCGCCUCGAGUUUUCCCACAAGCUCUCUCGAACAGGCCACAAUAUUCGCAUCGCCUCCGCUCCUCUUUCCGACUGGCACGGCUUUGCAACGAUCCCAAGGGCAGAUGGUAGUAAAGGCUUCAGCGUAAUCAUUUCCAAUGCGGGUGACUGGACUCGUAACAUUAUCACUUCUGCUUCGGUCCCUGGCGAAGAGCGGACCAUCUAUCAGCGUGGACGUCUCUUCCUGGGAAUUAUCGAGAUCCCCAUGUUGUUCAGCCCGCUGGUCAUUGCCGCUACUGGAAGUGGAAUUGCGCCUUGUAUGGCGUUCAUUCAGACGCAUCCAUAUUGGCCGGUGAGGAUCGUUUGGAGCGCGAGAUUUCCAGAGACGACCUACGGACCCGGCAUUAUCGAGACUGUCCUUAAGGCUGACAAAGAUGCUAUCAUCAUUGAUACGAAGGAGACGGGAAGGCCAGAUCUUGUGGGGCUGAUCUGGGCGGCGUAUAAAGAAAUCAACGCGGAAGCUGUACUUUGCGUGAGUACAGUCAAGGUCUGCGAGCAGGUAAUGUUUGAGUUAGAGGCCAGGCAUAUUCCCAUCUUCACCCCUAUCUUCGACUCAUAG